AUGGCGCGUCGUCGAUCGCUUGGUUGGCCCAUCACGCUGGGCGUGGUGAUGAUCGUCUUGCUGAUUGCGCUGACAGUCGGGUGGAUUCUGCUCGCGGUGGCCGCCAUCCGCGUAGACACCGGAGCCUUCUGGGCCAUUCUGACCCUGGGAACCACGUUUCUCGUACUCGUGUUGGUCGGCGUGGUGCUGUAUUUGUGGUUAUCCAUUAAAGAAAUCAAUCUCAACCUCCGACAGGCGAAUUUCAUCGACAGCGUAACGCACGAACUCAAGUCGCCCAUCGCAUCGCUGAAGCUUUAUCUACAAACCAUGCGACGGCAUCCCUUGGGUGAAGAAGAACGCGUCGAGUUCACCGACUUCAUGCUCGAAGACGUCGAGCGGCUCGACGCCCUGAUCACCCAUCUACUGGAAGCAGCCCGACUCGAACAGAAACCGGUCGAAGACGAAUCGGUCGACAUCAAUCUUCCCAAACUACUGCAAGGCUGCGCCGAAGCGGCCUGCAAACGCUAUCGCUUACCUUCGGAAACCAUUCAGCUCAAUUUGCAGCCAGCAGUAGUCCGCGCGGUGCAUGUCGAUCUGGAAAUCAUUUUCCGCAACCUUGUUGAUAAUGCCAUCAAGUAUUCUGGUGAUGAUCCCCAAGUCGAAAUCGAAUGCACGACCGACGAUGGGAUGGCCGUCAUACGAAUCGCCGACAACGGACCAGGCAUUCCGAUGAGUUUCCGACGCAAAAUCUUCUGGCGGUUUUACCGCAUCGGCAGCGAACUCGAACGCUCGCAAAAAGGCACCGGGCUGGGCCUUUACAUCGUGCAAACCCUGGUCCGCAGGCUGCGGGGAAAAGUGCUCGUCGCCGGGCGAGGAUCGGAGUCGGGCACCGUGUUCGAGGUCAAACUACCCCUGAGUGCCACCUCUGCUCCCCAAGCUGAAACGGUGACCUCAGGAUCUGUGCUCCUGGGGCACAUCUGGAUGGUGUUUCUCAUCUUGCACCAUAUCCAUUCGGCCCGGAUGGAGUUCACGACGAUCUCCCAUUUGACGAAGAUCACCCAGGCGGCAUUCCUGGUGGCGUUCUGCGGCUGGGGAUGGUGGUUCUACGUCCACGGCUUCGACGUGCUUCAACUCGCCGAAGACGGCGCAUUGAACGUCGCGCAAUUAGCCUACCUGGCGGUGUUCGCAGCCCUAGGUGCCGUGGCGGUUCCCCUCUGGGUUGCGCAGCGGCUGAGCGAUCGCCCACCCCACCUUCUCAAGCGACAUCACCGCACCACGUUCGACAUUGCCCAGGCCCUCGAUACCUGGCCCGUCAAUUCAGGACGCGACAACUUCUUCGCCCGCCUGCCCGGCAAUCAGGCCCUGAAGAUCGACUUGGUGGAACUCACGCUCGAAAUUCCGCGUCUUCAUCCCGCCCUAGAUCAGUUCUCCAUCCUUCACCUGUCCGACAUCCAUUUCGGCCACGCCAUCCGCCAGGAAUUCUUUGAAGAAGUAGUCCGCAUCAGCAACGCCCAGGAAGCCCACCUCAUCGCCAUCACGGGCGACAUUCUCGACGAGAAGCAAUGUCUACCAUGGAUCCCCGAGACACUUGGAAAACUCAAAGCCGAGUUGGGCGUUUACUUCAUCCUGGGAAAUCAUGAUUGGCUGCUUCACGAUCUCCCCAGCAUUCAAGAAGCAAUUCACGCCGCGGGACACGAAUACCUUGGCAGCAACUCGAAAACCAUCAGCUUCAACGGCCAAGAGAUCGUGUUAGCCGGCAACGAACUCCCCUGGUUCCAACCGGCGGCCGAUCCCACGAAGCUCCCCCCGCGCGACAAAGACGGAACCCCGUUGCGUCUACUACUGGCCCACUCGCCCGACCAGUUCAACUGGGCACGCGAACACGACUUCGACUUAAUGCUCGCCGGGCACACCCACGGCGGGCAGAUCGCACUGCCGCAUCUUGGCCCACUCUUCACCGCCAGCCGCACCGGCACCGCUUACUCGGCCGGCACGUUCCAUCGCGAUGCGACCAUUAUGCACGUGAGUCGCGGGGUCUCCGGCAGCAGGGCACUGCGCUACAAUAGCCCUCAGGAGAUCGCCAAGAUCACGCUCCGUUGUCCGAAGGCUCAGAGCCAGCAACUCGAGCAGGUCAAUCAAAACAUUGCGGUGGCGCUGGUGUCUCAGCAGGGAGAAAUCGUCGCCCGGGCCCGACGCACCAUUCGCACGCACUUCCUUCCCGGCGGCGGCGUCGAGCAAGACCCCGAGGAGUGGUGGCAAACCAUCACUUCGGCCGCACAAGAAGUCAUCUCCACCGCGCCUAUCGACCCCGAAGACAUCGCCGCGGUGAGCUGCACCGGUCAGUGGUCGGUCACGGUUCCAGUCGACGAGAACGGCCAACACCUCAUGAGGGCCGUGCACUGGAUGGACUCGCGUGGUGCCCCUUACACCCACGCCAUGACCGACGGCCUGAUCAAAUUCGAGGGCUACGGCCUCCGCCGGCUGUUCACCUGGCUGCGACUCACCGGCGGCGCACCAACCCAUUCCGGGGCCGACGUGCUGGCUCACAUUCUUUUCAUCAAGAACGAACACCCCGAGGUCUACGCCCGCACCCGCGCGCUGCUCGAACCGGCCGACUUCAUCAAUCUCCGGCUCAACGGCAAGACCGCCGCUUCGCACGGCACGAUCUUCCCCUACCUGCUGACCGACAACCGCGACAACCUCAACAUCAACUACAACGACAAGCUGAUCCGCUUCGCAGGCAUCGAUCGCCAGAAGCUGCCCGAGUUGGUUCCGGUCGACUCCGUUCUGGGUCCGAUUCUCCCGGAAGUGGCCACCGAGUGGGGCCUCAGCCCGAAUACAAAAGUUGUUGCCGCCACUAGCGACAGCCAGGCCGCCGUGCUCGGUUCCGGCGCCGUCGACGACUUCGCCGGGCAUCUCUGCAUUGGCACCUCGUCGUGGCUCACAUGUCAUGUCCCAUUUAAGAAGACCGACCUGAGCCGCUACCUGGCCACCAUGCCGUCGGCCAUUCGCGGUAAGAACAUGGUCGUCGCCGAACAGGGCCCGGCCGGCAAGUGCUUAGAAACCCUCGUCGAACGCUGGCUACGCACCAGCCCCGAAGGCGCCCGCAUUGAAGCCGAAGAAGAACGCUUCCUCGAACUGACCCGCGGCGCCGCGGCCGUGCCCGCGGGCAGCAAAAACUUGAUCUUCCUGCCCUGGCUAAAUGGCCCCGGCCCGCCGGUUUCCGAUAGCUACGUGCGAGGUGGAUUCCUCAAUCAAACGCUCGAACACGAUGCCGCCCACGCCUUCCGCGCGGUGAUGGAGGGCGUGGCUUACAAUGUUCGCUGGCUCACUUCCGCCGUCGAACGGUUGAUCGGACACCCGUUCCCGUCGCUGAAUUUCAUCGGCGGCGGGGCCCGCUCGGAGCUGUGGGGGCAGAUUUUUUCCGACAUCCUCAACCGCCCCAUCCACCAGGUGCAAGAGCCCACCUGGGCCAUCGUGCGAGGGGCCGCUUUCGCCGGAUUGCUCGCCCUGGGGCACACCGAUCUCGCGACCGUGGCCCGCUGUGUGAACAUCUCCCACACUUUCACCCCCUCGCCUGAGAAUCGCCAGGUGUACGACGAGUUGUUCCAGGUCUUCCUCAGGGCCUAUAAAGUGAACAGAACGCUAUUCAAAACUCCCAGCAUGGCAACGGAAGAAAAGGUCGACGAUUUGGGCCCCCUGGCCCCAAUCGACGCGAUGAUGCAUCCCUAUCGCGACCAGUACACCACACACGACCGGUUGCCUGCCGAAGGAAUCGCUCGGGAAGACGUGCUGAAAGAAAUGCAGGAGCUGCACGAUAUUGAAAGCGCCCGUUGGAGAGAUGGCUACGCCUCUGGCGCGGUGUACCACGGCGACAACGAGCACGUGGACUUUCUGAACCAGGUCUACGCCAUUCAAUCGCAAUCGAAUCAACUCCACUCCGACCUGUGGCCUAGCGGGGCGAAGUUCGAAGCUGAAAUCGUGGCCAUGACCGCCAACAUGCUCUCGGCAGACAAGACCGGCGAGCCCUUCAAUUCGAGCAAGGGCAUCUGCGGUUCGGUUUCCUCCGGAGGGUCUGAGAGCAUUCUGCUGGCGAUGAAGACCUACCGCGAUUGGGCCCAAGCCGAAAAGGGGAUCACCGAGCCUGAACUCGUCAUUCCACGCUCAGCGCAUGCCGCCUUCUCGAAGGCCGGUGAAUACUUCCGCAUCAAGGUGCACGAAGUCCCACUGGACGACGACUUCCGCGUGGACGUAAACCAGUUGGAAGCGGCGAUCAACAAGAACACGAUCGCCAUCAUCGGCUCGGCCAUGAACUUCCCCUUCGGCACGAUUGACUCGAUCGAAGACCUCUCCGAGAUCGCCCUGCGGCACAACAUCGGGCUGCAUGUCGAUUCCUGCCUAGGCGGAUUUCUUUUGCCUUGGGCUGAAAAACUCGGCGAGCCGGUCCCGCCGUUCGACUUCCGCCUGCCGGGCGUCACUUCGAUGUCGUGCGAUACGCACAAGUACGGCUUCGCCGCCAAGGGCACGUCAGUCGUGCUCUAUCGCGGCACCGACCUGCGGCGCUAUCAGUACUUCACCAUCGCCGAUUGGCCCGGCGGACUGUACUACUCACCCACCUUCUCCGGCAGCCGCCCCGGUGGGCUCAGCGCCACCUGCUGGGCCGCCCUCGUCGCCACUGGUGAGAAGGGCUAUCUAGCCGCCACGCGAAAGAUCCUCGACUCGGUCGCCAUCAUGCGCAAGGGCAUCGAAGACAUCCCAGGCCUGCGCAUCUUGGGGCAUCCGAUUGGCGUCUUCUCCUUCGCCGCCGAUGACCUGGACAUCUACCAGGUGCUCGACCAAAUGUCUUACCGGCGUUGGGCCCUCACCGGCUUGCAGCAUCCGCCGGCCUUGCACGUCAGCCCCACGCUCCGCAAUUGCCAAGACGGUGUGGCCGAACGGUUCGUCGAAGACCUUCGCGAAUCGGUCCAGUUCGUUCGCGAGAAUCCCGACACCGAAGGCGGUAUGGCCCCCAUCUACGGCAUGGCCGCCACCUUGCCCGAUCGCUCGAUCGUGCACGACAUGCUGCGACAGGAUUACUGGGACGAUCAGUGGCCUGCAAUUGAAGAAGACUUUGCCGAGAUGAAGCAACUCGGCGCGAACGUGGUCCGCAUCCAUUUGCAGUUCGGCCGCUUCAUGGACGCCGCGGAGAAGGCCAACUCCCACGCACUCGAGCAGCUCAGGCGGUUGCUCGACCUGGCUGAAGCCCAGGGGCUGUACCUCGACCUCACCGGAUUGGGUUGCUACCACAAGCAAGACGUGCCGCCCUGGUACGACGAACUUUCGGAGCAAGAACGCUGGAACGCCCAGGCCACGUUCUGGAGCGCGAUCGCCGAGCGCUGCAAGAACAGCCCGUCGGUUUUUUGCUACGACCUGAUGAACGAACCGGUCGUGCCCGGUGGCAAGGCCAAGCGCGACGACUGGCUCGGUCCCGCCUUCGCCGACAAACACUUCGUCCAGUUCAUCGCACUCGAAACCAAAGGUCGUCCCCGCGACGAGAUCGCCCGCGCUUGGAUCGCCCAACUGGUCACCUCAAUCCGCGAGCACGACCAUCGACAUAUGAUCACCGUGGGCCUGGUGCCUUGGAGCCUCGACCGGCCAGGACUCAACUCCGGUUUCACGCCCGAGAAGGUUACGGCCGAUCUCGAUUUCAUCGCCAUGCACAUCUAUCCCGAGACGGGCAAAAACGACGAAGCCCUGGAAACCCUGGCCGGAUUCAACAUCGGCAAGCCACUGGUGAUCGAAGAGAUUUUUCCCCUCCGCUGCAAUGCGGAACAACUCGGUGAAUUCAUCGAUCAGUCAAAACAACACGCCGACGGGUGGAUCGGAUUCUAUUGGGGCAAAACUCCCAAAGAACUCGAAAACACUACCGAGUUCGGCGAGUCCUCGCCCCCGGGCUACUGGUACGACCAAGCGCAGGCCGAAUGGGUGAUGCUCCUGCAAGGUGCCGCUCGCUUGCAAUUGACCAACCCCGAUAAGCUCGUCGAACUGAAGCCCGGCGACUGGAUCAACCUGGCCGCCCACGAAAAGCACCGCGUCGAGUGGACCACACCCGACGUUUGCCCGUGCGAUCUUGGCUCUCAAGCACCGACGCGAACCUUGUUGAACCGCUCCAAAGAACAACCCUCUGAAACACCUGCAGCUUCCGGCCCCGCCGGGCGAUCUCCACGCGCAGGCUCCGCACUCCUCGGUUGGCUGGCGGCGAACCUCGUGCCGCUGCUGUUGCUCAUCGACACCGGCGUAGCGAUCACUCAAGGCUGGCAACUGCCCGAAGCCCGAGGGCUGAUCGUUUUCCCACUGCUCUCCGGCAUGUGGCUUGUGGCCACCUUCGUGCUGCUCAUCAUCCCGUCCUAUCGACGUUGGAUGGCACGGCAUACAGCGAAGCUGUUCGCCGCCUCCUGUGGAGUGCUCAUCGGGCUACUCCUGGGCGAAUGGAUGAUCGACGCCCUCGCACCCCGCGCCCCGUUCCAUCGCCGCACGCCAAACGCCGUGUACACCUUCGAGCCCAACUCGUUCGCCAUGCCGGGGGUGUUCGAUGAGGCCACCAUGUCGAUCAACUCCCAAGGCCUGCGUGGGGCCAAACUCCCAGGCCGCAACGCCGAAGACACCUACCGCAUUCUGUUUGUCGGCGGCGGAACGACCGAGUGCCUGUAUCUCGACGAUUCCGAGACGUGGCCCGCGCUGGUAGGCGAACACCUGAACGAGAAUGAUUUUACAUCCACCGUGGCCACCGCGGCGGUUGCCGAUCAUGCCAGCGGACAUCACCUGCGACUGCUCAACGAGGUCAACGUAAUCGAAAGGGCCGAUUGCCUCGUAAUGAUGCCGGGGGCCGGCGACUUGAUGCGAACUCUGCUGCAACAGCCAGUCACCGGAAAGCGUCCUCCUGUUUGGAUGCGAAGUGCCCUGGCCGAUCUCCUACAACAAAUCUGGAACGUCCGCCUCGGCCACGGCUUGGUGUUCGACAACACCGGCGAAGAGAUCUCCGUCAUGCGUUGGGGCCGACCCAUUGCAGAGUUCGACUUCGACGCAGCCCUCGAGCAAGACUUGAACGCGUACGAACAACGCAUCCGCGAGAUGAUCGCCACGGCCAACGAGCGCGGAGUGCGACUCGUCUUCGUCGGCCAGCCGUGCCUGUGGUCCGAGUUCCUCACACCCCUGGGCGUCAGUCGCCUCCGCUGGGCGCUCGACCCCACCAGCCCACGUGACUGGGAAGCCCUACAGGCAACCAACCUGAAAGCGGCGCUCGAUCGCUACAACCAGGUAACCGCUGAAGUCUGCCAGCAAGAGGGCGUGGAGUUCAUCGACACCGCCGCCAUGAAUGGCCGCGAACAGUACUUCUACGACGACUUCCACCUCAACGAGGCCGGCUGCCGGCGACUGGCCGAAAUCGUCGGCACUUCGCUGCUCGAAACGCGGGCCUCUCAGCCGUAA